CCCAGGUCGUCUAGCCUCUGCCUGCCGAGCAGCGUCUGGGCAGCUCCAAAGACUCCGGGAGUUUGUGGACCUCUAUCCAAACAGGAGGUCUGCGCUGCACACCGCGUCUCCGGAUCUCCGUGGAGUCCGCUGGCAAGCUGGCUCCGGAGGGACUUGAACUUGAGUUCAGAUGGCCAACUCCCUCUGAAUCCUGAAGAUUGGUGCUGAGCAGGCAACAAAAGUUUGUAGCUUCCCCUCAGUUUCUGGUGCUUCACAGGGGAGAGCAGAGGACUUUGGCAUUAAACACAAGAAACAGUCAGGGAACAGUCUCCCUUAACUUUUCUCCUCUGUUACCAUUUGCCAUGAAGAGGAAACAGAAGAGAUUUCUGCAGAUGACUUUAUUAUUCAUGGUGGCUUUAAUUUUCCUCCCCAAUAUUGGUCUCUGGUCUCUGUACAAGGAUAAACACCUGGUGAAAUCUACAGAGCCUGGGGAACAACAGACAUUCCCACUGGGCCUGGGAGAUGGGCAAUUCUAUUCAUGGACAGAUGGUUUGAGAAGAAAGGACUGGCAUGACUAUGAGAGCAUUCAGAAAGAGGCUAUGCGCUCAGGGAAAGGUGAACAUGGGAAACCUUACCCCCUCACUGAAGAGGACGGUGAUGACUCAGCUUACAGGGAAAAUGGUUUCAACAUUUUUGUCAGCAAUAAUAUUGCACUAGAGAGGUCCCUGCCAGAUAUCCGCCAUGCUAACUGUAAGCACAAGAUGUACCUGGAGAGGCUGCCAAACACCAGCAUCAUUAUCCCAUUUCAUAACGAAGGUUGGACUUCACUCCUGAGAACCAUACACAGUAUAAUUAACCGAACCCCAGAGAGUCUGAUAGCAGAAAUCAUUCUAGUAGAUGACUUCAGUGAUAGAGAACACUUGAAAGAUAAGCUGGAGGAAUACAUGGCUCGAUUUUCCAAAGUGAGAAUUCUUCGCACCAAGAAAAGGGAAGGACUCAUCCGGACCCGACUCCUGGGGGCAUCUAUGGCCAGAGGAGAGGUGCUAACGUUCCUGGACUCCCACUGCGAGGUCAAUGUGAACUGGCUGCCCCCACUCCUCAACCAAAUUGCACUAAACCACAAAACCAUCGUGUGUCCCAUGAUCGAUGUCAUUGACCACAAUCACUUUGGGUAUGAGGCACAAGCUGGGGAUGCCAUGCGAGGAGCCUUCGACUGGGAAAUGUACUACAAAAGAAUACCCAUCCCUCCAGAGCUCCAGAGGGCCGAUCCCAGCGACCCUUUUGAGUCCCCUGUUAUGGCUGGUGGUCUCUUUGCUGUGGAUCGAAAGUGGUUUUGGGAAUUGGGUGGAUACGAUCCAGGUUUAGAAAUCUGGGGAGGAGAACAGUAUGAAAUCUCUUUUAAGGUUUGGAUGUGUGGAGGAGAAAUGUUUGACGUCCCGUGUUCUAGAGUUGGUCACAUCUACAGGAAGUACGUCCCUUAUAAAGUUCCAUCUGGGACCAGCCUGGCAAGAAACCUGAAGCGGGUCGCUGAGACAUGGAUGGAUGAAUUUGCAGAAUACAUUUACCAGAGGCGGCCCGAGUACCGGCACCUCUCCACUGGGGACAUCUCAGCCCAGAAGGAGCUUCGAAAACAGCUGAAGUGCAAGGACUUCAAAUGGUUCAUGGCUGCCGUGGCCUGGGACGUGCCUAAGUACUACCCUCCGGUGGAGCCCCCACCAGCUGCCUGGGGGGAGAUUCGGAACGUGGCAGCAAAUCUCUGUGUAGACAGCAAGCAUGGAGCCACAGGAACAGAGCUAAGGCUAGACAUCUGUGUCAAGGAUGGCUCUGAAAGGACAUGGUCUCAUGAACAGCUCUUUACCUUUGGAUGGAGAGAAGAUAUUCGACCUGGUGAGCCACUGCAUACCCGAAAGUUCUGCUUUGAUGCUAUAUCACACAACAGCCCUGUUACACUCUACGACUGCCAUGGCAUGAAGGGGAACCAGCUCUGGGGGUACCGGAAGGACAGAACAUUAUUUCAUCCUGUGAGCAACAGCUGCAUGGAUUCCAACCCAGCAGAAAAGAAGAUUUUCAUGGCCAGAUGUGACCCCCUAUCUGAGACUCAGCAGUGGAUUUUUGAACACAUUAACAUGACUGUUUUAAAAAAAUUUAGCUACCAUGUCAGCUCCUAGAAAGAAGAAAGAAAGAAAGAAAAAAGAUAGACUAUCUACAGAUUAUGAACUAAAUGUUAGCCAGCAUCUGGGUCAAAGGAGUCAGGAAUAACAUUUCCUAGAUCCAGGAAGCCUGGUUUAAUGAUUUGUAAAUGCCACGUCUAAGUAGGUUGUCCUGAAGAACUUCCUGCAUCUGAAGAACUUGGCUAAGAACCUCACCAGCUGCUUCUGAGAACUCGAGACUAGCAGUUCCCUUGCUGGCCAAGGGUGAAGAUUAUUUAGAGACUUUUCAAAACAACUGCUGAGUUAAUAAAUCCUAGCAUUUCUCAGGUCAAAUCCUGCAGUAGUGAGUAGCUAUGAAUGGAUCCUAUUAAUAGGGCGGGAGGGGGGUGGAAACAGAGUGCAUGACUGCUCUGACAACCUGAGGAUACCACAGGUUUAGAACUAGCCACGCUGAAGGGGUGAGUUGUCCUCUUUGGUGCCAUUCUCUGACUAAGAAUGGGUUAAGCAGGUUUAACCCUUACAAGUGCUGCAGAUGAUUUUAGAGUGCUCAUACCUUUCUGCUUUGUUUUAUUUUUAAACAAGUGUGGCAUAUCUAUAAUGACGUAAAUUACAUAAUGAAAUGGACUUCCAGUUUUCCCAUUCUCUCUUUUACAUUUGUCAUUUUCCUUUUAGAGCAGAAGCUAGUUAUUAUUUAUAAAACUUCAUGCUUCAUAAGUCAGUUGAGAUUCUAAUUCAGUGCCCUUGUGUGAAUCCAGUUAAAAAUAAAAAUAAAAAUAAACUAUGCUAUCAAGUUACUCCAAAGAAAGAUUUCACAGAAGCAGCAAAACCAUAGAAAGGUAUAGGAAAGAGAUUUCCCUAGGAAAUCUAUUUUUACUUUUCUAUUAUUUUUAGAAUUUUAAAAGUCUGAUGUUUGUCCCAUCAUUUUUAUUAAGGAAGGAAAUGGAGUGAAGUUGAUGUAAUUUGUUUAGGAAAGUCUUAAACCCAAAUAAAUUCACACUCCAAAUGACAUAUGAAAAUGUCUUUGUUCACUUCGAUUCUAUUUAACCAGUGCUGGGAAUUUAGAAGUGGUUUUAUUUAAUUAUUUGUUUGGGGAUUUUUACAUUUGUUUUUCUAUGUUGUUGGUAUUAAUGAUGUUAUUAUCUUAUUUGGAAUCCCUUAAGAGGUAUUACCAUUAAUAAAGUGCUUCUGAUGUCAAUUUCUGUUAAUGGGGCAAUAUUUCAGAAAAAAAAGGAAUGACUGAAAACUAAAUGGAGUAAUCUUUAAAAGAAUUGUUUACUUUUCAAUAAUAAUGAGAUGGGGGAAGAAUAUUUAGGUAUCAAGAUGCAUCUCUACAGAAAAGAUUCAUAUUUAUUCUAUUUUUCUAAAGCUCUUUCAGAUACAAGAAUGUUUUUAUCUUGUUUUUAUUGUUUUUCUUUGAAUUUGAUUUUCCUGUUAAUAUUGUCUUAGAUAUAGACUACUGAAUGUUAGAACCAGAAGGACUCACAAGAUCUAAUCCCUUUGGGGUUUUUUUUAGUUUUUUUGCUUUUUUUUAGAUAAACAACAAAAGCCCAGAGAGGCCCAACUCCUGCAGAACUGAUGGGUCUUUUGAUCUUAAGUCCUGCUGUGUCUCCUGCAGUGUACUGUCUCACUCUUUUGUCCAAGAUAGUUCAGAUUAUUACUCCGAUUUCACUUGAAAUUUUCAGUCACCAUAUAUAAAAAUGUUGUACUUUCUUGGCAAUUUCCCUCCAAAUAGCUUUCAUGUUUAGAAACCUUAAUAUAUGAAACUUCUUCUUGUAAAUGUUCAUUAUUUUGUUCUCUCCUCAAAACCUAAUCAAAAUGUCCAGUUAAGCUUCCCUGCUAAUAGUUGAGAAAGAGUUAUUUCACUAUCAUUACUGAUUUUUUAAAGCAUUCUUUUGAAGACCUGCUCUUUUUAAACUGAUUG